AUUCGUUUUAAAUUCCACGUGUUUUUUUGUUUCGGUGUAGUGGAAACACUGCGAACGCAAUGCGGCAUUUUUGAAAACUUCAAAGGAGAGAACGCGGAUUCGCGAAUAGCGACAUGUUUGUGUGAUCAAUAAAAUGAAUUCGAGUGUGUAAUUUCGUUUAAAUUAUUAUUUUUUCGAUAUUAGUGAUAUUCAAGAUGUGAUUUUAUGGCCAGGAAUGAAUCUGCGAGUAAAUGAAGCCUCGACAGAAGAAUUACUUAGACGUUAAUGGCUGUUCUGUGGCAUGUACAGCGGAUAGAAUUCCGACGCCAACUCACUGCUCAGUUCUUCCAUUAUUUCCGUCCGCACCGAAACCACCACCUUCCAGUAAAAGACUGCCGAAUAAUUCGAAUAUCAUGAACAAUACCGAAGAUGUAAUCAUGACACCAUGUAAUACGAUCAUCCUCCAAACUACUGUCGAUGGUAAAAUACAAGUUUCUCGAACUCAAAAGGAAAGAGAAAGGAAUCCUGAUAGAUUAUCAUUAGAUAGGCGAGGAUUGACUGUAUUUCCUAUAUUAGUUGGCGAAGCGAAACUAAGACUGUUAUCAUUACAACAUAACUUACUGACCAAGUUGGAAAGAAUGGCGUUAUUGUGUUUACCUCAUCUGGUUUUUCUCGACAUUUACAAUAAUCAACUCGAAAACAUGGCGGCGUUGGAUUGUCUACAUCAUCUCAGAGUUUUGUUAUUGGGCAAAAACAGGAUCAAGACCAUCGAAGGUCUUUCGAAUAUGAAUCGAUUGGAAGUUUUGGAUUUGCACGGAAAUCGUAUCAGUGAAAUUAAAGAUCUGAGAAGCCAGAAAGAGCUGAAGGUAUUGAAUUUGGCCGGAAAUGAAAUCAAAAGUAUCGGUAUUCGCGAUCUUGAAGGGCUCUCUACUCUUCAAGAAAUGAACUUGAGAAGAAACCAGAUCAAGAAAUUGGCUGGAUUUGAUGAAACACCGCAGUUAUUUAAAUUAUUUUUGAGCAAUAAUGAUGUCAGUUCAAUUGAUGAACUUGGUGGUUUACGAAAACUUCGUCAACUGAAAGAAUUGAGUUUAGAUGGAAAUCCUGUUAUCAGCUCGGAAGACUGUAUUCUUUACAUCAUCUCGUACAUCCCCAGCGUUUUGAUUUUCGGCCAAACUAAAAUCACCGACGAUAUCAAGAAAGUAGCCAAAGUAUGGCGUCUGAGACGCGAAUUCAACGAAAAAACAUCCGCUUCGUUCGACGUUUCAAAACUCGGUCAGAAUUUAAACAAACCUUUAGAAUGUGAUUUGAAACGAGCUCGAUCAGCUUCCGAAAAUAGAAUAUCGCAUUUACGUAAACGAAACUCCGAAUUCAGCAGACUGAAGCCUGAUUCUAAAAAUUCAUCCAGUAAGUACGUGAAUAAAUCCGGCUGCUGUUCGGCCAAACCUGUAAGAAACUUCGACAGAAACGCGAAAUUGAAACGUGCGAGUUUCACUAAACGUAAAACAGUUUCGGUUGACUCGUGUAACGGCAGCGAAACCAGCAUCGAGUAUAUUCGUCUGCCGCCCAUAUUGACCUCUUCGUUGGGAAUUUUGGAUGAUUGUAACGUCGUCAUGAAUGCUGACCCGAACACGUCUUUGGAAUCGAAUAAAAGCUAUUGUAGUGUACGUUGCGAAAGCGCGUCGAGUUUCGAUAAAUCGACAGAUAGUUCUAGUUCAUCUGAUGACGAGAGUGACGAUUCGGUGGAACCUGAAGUUCCCAACGUCAAUCAUGAUUCUGUUCCUGCUAUAAAAAAUAACGCGGUUUCGAAUCCUGUCAGCGUUGAGAAGGAGAAAAUUUCGAAUACGGAGAAGUAUCCGUUGAUAAAAGAACUGCAUUCGGAAGUCAAAACUCCGGUCAUUUCCGAUGCGAAGAUUAUCAAACCACAGAAAUCAAUACCAAGUCGGAAUGAAAAAACAAAAGAACAAGGUGGUGACUACCUAGUGCAAAUUUCUGGACGAUACUUGAUGGUUACCGGUAAAAACAGUGCGAAGUACAUAGACAAGGCUUGGAGCGUUGAGAAAGCCAAUGACGUCACGACUAUCAAAUUCAGCUGCGUUUUAUUCAAUUCGUUGACUCCAGUUUUUAAUCGAAUUAAAUUCCGUUUUCCCAACGUCGAACACUUGGUUUUCUGCGAAUGCGAAUUCAAUUUCAUCGGUCAGCUGAAUGCUUUAGCUGAUGUUCAAGGACUAACUUCGAUUGAAAUUUUACCCGAACGAAAUGCUAUUUUCACGAAAAAUUGGAGAAGUUACGCUAUUUAUCGCCUGCAUCAUUGGGGACUUCAGUGUAUCAAUAAUAUUCCGGUUACAGAUGACGAAGUGAAAUCAGCCAAAGAAGAAUACAAAGGCUUGAGUGAAAUGGUCUUAUGGUCUUUACCUGAAUCAUUAUUAACUCCCCUGCUGAACAAGCUGAGACUGGAAAUAAAUUCCAAUGUGAGUGCUAAGCAAUGGUUGUACAAAGCAGAUCCUGCCCUACGUAGUGUCAUUUGUAAAGAAGCUCUUCAAUGGAGAUCUGCAUCAUCUCUUUCGCAAAGUGAGAUUAUGUCUUGUGAGAAAGGUCGCGAAGCUCUCAGAUCAGCGUUAGAAAGUGCCUGCAAUAUGGUCUUGAAACUUCGUAAACUGGAACGUGAAUGGAAACCUAUCAUGUACGAACUUGUUACCAAUACAAUGAAAGAUUACUGUGACGUGAAUUCUUACAUGAAAAAACAAAUCAGCAACUUGAAGCCGCCGUAGUUGUUCAAAAGGUUA